AAUAUUGGUGAUACUAGCGAGCAGAUCGUUCGGAAGGGUUCGUUCAGAGUAAUGUGAAUUUUCGAGAAAUUUUCUUGAAGAAAGCUUGCAUUUGUCAGUGCUUCAAAGCUCGAAGGAUAAUACUUACUAAAUGGCUAGUGGAGAUGGAUCGAUUAAAACGCAAGAUAAUGAUAUGCCAGUCCCGAAGAUCAAACAUGAUUGGUAUCAAACAGAAACACAUAUUAUUAUCACGAUUCUCGCCAAAAAUACAGAAAAUUUAAAAAUUUUCUAUGAAAAGACGACGCUAAGCGUAUCUGCCAAGCUACCCUCUGGUAGUGAUUAUAGCUUGGAAUUGGAUCUGGCUCAUCCGAUAGUACCAGAUCAAUGUUCGCACAAGAUUUUAGCAUCUAAAAUAGAGAUAAAAUUGAAGAAACAAGAUGGUAUAAGAUGGGCUAUUUUAGAGGGAAAUCCAGUUGAUAAAAAUUUGAUAGAACCAAUACCUCAAGAAAUACUCCAAAGUGGUAAUCAACCACCAAAGUAUCCCAGUUCCUGCAAAAAAUCCAGAGAUUGGAAUAAGGUAGAAAAAGAAAUUGAGAAACAAGAAGCAGAGGAAAAACCUGAAGGAGAAGCUGCCGUUAAUGCCCUUUUCCAACAGAUAUACGGCAGUGGUUCUGACGAAGUCAGACGUGCAAUGAACAAAUCCUUUCUAGAAUCAGGUGGUACAGUUUUAAGUACAAAUUGGUCGGUGGUAGGUAAAGGAAAAGUAGAAAGGAAACCACCAGAUGGGAUGGAAUGGAGAUCGUGGAAUUCAUAAAAAAUUUACUUACCCACACACACACACAAACACAUUACUCUUGCAAUUUUUUUGAGACUUUAUAGAAAACUUCUUACUUGCAAAAUUAAAUUAUAAGCAAGUUCAAUUGUAAAAACAUUUCUGUAUCGUGCGUAUCCCUUAUUUUGAUUUAAUUUAUUUAUUACAUAAGGAGAUCACCUAUAUACAUAGACGAAACUUUAUAUCGUUUAAAUAUACUCCCGUUUAAUACAUUAAUACUAAAUUAUAAGAAGGACCUGUAAAAGGGCGCAAAUAAAAUAGUUUCUUGAAUUAGUA